AUGGUGUUAACAAAAGAAUAUCGAAUAUGCAUGCCUAUGACUGUGGAAGAAUACCAAAUCGGACAAUUGUAUAUGAUAGCUAGACACAGUUUAGAACAAUCCGGAGAUGGGGAAGGAGUGGAAGUUGUCGAAAACAGGGAAUGUUUCGAUGAAAAGUAUGGCAAGGGACAAUUCACCGAGAAAAGGAUUCAUCUCUCCAGUCGCCUUCCUUAUUGGUUACAAUCGGUGUGUCCCAAAAUAUUUUAUGUAACUGAAAAGGCGUGGAAUUUUUACCCAUACACUAUAACAGAAUAUACAUGCUCCUUUGUGCCUAGAUUUAACAUAUCAAUCGAAACAAAGUAUGAAAACAAUAACGGUUCCACAGAAAACUGCCUUGAUUUAACUCCCGAGAAAUUGGCGGAAAGAGUAGUCGAUCACAUUGAUAUAGCAUACGAUGAGGUUUCCGUGAAGCAUUACAAGGAAGAGGAGGACCCGCGAUUUUUCCAAUCUAAAAAAACCCACCGGGGCCCUCUGGUGGACGGUUGGAGGAGCAACUGCCACCCCAUCAUGUGCUCCUACAAGUUAGUUCACGCCUCGUUCGAAGUAUUUGGAUUCCAAACCAAAGUCGAGGAGUUCAUACAUUCGUGCAUUAGAGAAGUUCUUUUAUUAGGCCACAGACAGGCGUUCGCUUGGAUAGACGAGUGGAUCGAAAUGACCAUGGAGGAUGUUAGAAAAUACGAAUCGCAGUUACAGAAUCAAACCAAUUCGCUCGUUCAAACGAAGCCUUCCGAUACAAACGAUUGUUUAUCCGAUGCAAAUACUCCACCGGAUACUCCCAAGUCGCCCAAAUCACCGAAAUCCCCCGGGAAAAAAGGCUACUUUUCGAAUUGGUUCUAG